AUGAUCCGCGGAAGCACUUCCAAAGGCAGGCGACGCACCAUCAGGGAACUUCUCUUGUGCUUCAGCAAGAAGAUCAGCGAAAGAUUCAGCCCUGUCGCGGCGGAGGGGCAGGCUCAGACUCCUGAGACGAUUGGCCGGACUGCCGCUGCUCCCUCGGCCCGCGCGGUUGUGGUCGCUGCUGUGGUGGUUGCUGGUGUUGCUGCUGCUGCUGCUGCUGACGCGGACGCUGCGGCUGACGCUGGCGUUGCUGCUGGUGCUGCUGCUGCUGCUGCUGCUGCUGUUGCUGCUGCUGCUGACGCGGGUGCUGCGGCUGCGGCUGCUGCUGCUGCAGUUGCUGUUUCGCAAACCGCGUCAGCGCUCCUGCCCCUUCACGCUCGCGGUGAUGAUGAGGAUGUUGCCAACCCCACAGUGCUGGUGAGUUUGGAUGCAAAGAACGCCUUCAACUCCCUCGACCGCCAGGCUCUCUUCGACGCAAUCGAGGGACGUGCGAGUCGCGACUACUUUGAUGGGAGCAUCACUGAAGGCGCAAGCUUGCCCUCUUGCGAGCAUCUCCGUUUGUUCGCCUCCUACCUCUCCAGCUACUAUGGAGACUCUGCUGACCUUCGACUCUUUCACAAAAGUCAGUCAGCCUCCGUUCAGUGUACCUCGGGCGUCUGUCAGGGCGAUGUCCCCUCCAGCGUAUUUUUCUGCCACAGUAUCCACCCCCUGCUCCUCCAUAUCGCAGAGCUUUUUCCCUCUGUUCGAGUCUUGGCCUAUGCUGACAACGUCGUGCUUGUCGGUCCACUCGAGGAUGCCGUUGCAGCUACGUCCGCUAUGAAGAAGUACAUGUUGGCUGAUCUGAAGCUAGAGAUUCAACCUCGCGAGUCGAAAGUUUACAUCCCCUCCUGGCAUCAACACCCUGAUCUCUCGCAGCUGAAGAAGAGCCUUAAGCGCCGUCUCAAGACUCAACUUCUUCACUUCGAGGUCGUCACUGGCGGGAUUACACUUGGCGGCCUGCCUAUCGGCACGGAUGGAUUUCAUGCUAGUCAGCUCCGAGCGAAGGUUUCUACCCUCAACGAAGAGCUCUCGAAGCUCGGGCUCGUCCAGCAUGGCUUCAUGUUCAAGACGCUGGUGAGGGCGAGCCAUCUCCAGAAGCUGCGCUUCUUCCUCCAGGGGUCUUCUCCGUUUCUCCCGCGGGUCCAAUCACAGAUUCGUCGCUUUGACCUCUCUGUCCACCUGGCGCUUGAGAAAUACCACCGCUGGCCUUCCUCGCAGUACCUUGCCGCGCAUCCCGACCUGCUAGAGUUUGCGAGGUUCAAGCGGGAGCUUCCGCAUAGUCGGGGAGGGGACGAGUUCACGCCCUCUGAGGGUCUACACCCCGCUGUUUACUAUACGGCUAUCGGUCGCUUCCUCGCUUGGUACUCUGUCCAGCCCAUGUCCCGGACCUUGCCCUCUCCUCAUAGCCUGGACGUUCACUGCUCGAGAUCUCUCCGUGCCCCAGAAGCAUCCUCUGGCGACCUUGUUCGUUGA